ACAUCAUUUCAUAGUCAUCAGGAGACAAUAUGUAAUGAGCAACUGUUUUUGAUUAACAACUCAUUCUUUUAAAAAUCUUCUAAUUUUUUAGAUCAUACAAAGUUUAUCAGAAGUCCCAGACACGAGAAAAGAGCAAGCAGAAAUUUAUUUUCCAGUCUUGGAAACACCAUAGUAUCACCUAGAAACAGAAACGAUACAGUAAAACUCGAGGUUGAUCAGAGAGAUGUGUGGGAGAAUAAGUUGAAUACUCCUAUUUCCACGACAGACUAUAAUUCAACUUAUAUUGCUACUCCUUCUGUACCAAAGAAGAUAGGUUUAGAGAAACAUAAAAGCUGUUUCCAAACCUAUAGAGACUUAGAAGUCGACAAGAAACCUGCCUUCACUCCGGCCAAAUACAGUAAAUUUGGACACCCUCAAGAUCAUAAGUACAACUAUCAAGAACAAAUGAGACAGAAUAUUUUUGAUAAAUCUCAUUUUUAUCUCGGAUAUUCCUCAAAUAAGAGGAGUGAACUAGGUGAUAAAUUAAAGGAAGUGUCAAAGAUAGACCUUUCUCAGACUAAAGACUUGAAUCAUAAGACUCUGAAUAAGAGUAAGUUCAAGUCAAUGACGACUCCUACUCAUUUUUCCACAGAUAAAAUCUAGUUCCCUAAUUCAAUCCUGCA